CACCUGAUGCCGGCGAGUCGGCUGCAGUAAAAUCACAUCAUGUCAAACCACUUGCCUUGAACUGCUCCUAACCUGUUGGUCAUUGCUUUUGGCCACCUCCUGGCCUCUCUCUCUUUACGGUGUAUCCCCGCCUGCUAGUCAGGCCCCCCCAGUUCUGUACCUGGUACCUCCCACUACCACUACCCUACGCCUACCCUACGCCAACGCCAACGCCUCCUCCUCCUCCUCCUCCUCCUCCUCCUCCUCUUCCUCCUCUUCUUCCUCUUCACUUCUCCCACUCUGUCACUCUUUUGUCAUGCAUCGAUAUAGUCAUCAAUAACUCACAUCAUGGGCAAGUUUCGCAGCCGGUUAUACAAGACCGACCGGGCGCGGGACUUUGAUCACGAACAGGUAGGUAGUGGGAUUAGAAUUACCACUUCACCAGAGAUUUGGUGAUGAGAACCUACUGACACUCUAUACUACAUAGGACCGCCAUGUUCGUAUGCGUCAGAUCUACGAAACCAUCGACCGACAAGGGUUUCAAUGGGUUGUCGUUCUCGUAGCCGGUGUCGGCUUCUUCCUCGACGGAUACACACUCUUCGCUAGUAAUAUCGCCCUUCCUAUGAUCCAGUAUGUCUACUGGCAGGAUGAUACCUCGUCACGGCGCACCACGCUUAUCAACAUCGCCACCCUGGCGGGCACGCUACUCGGCCAGGUCGCAUUUGGCUUCCUCGCAGACAAGAACGGCCGCAAGAAGAUGUACGGCGUCGAACUGGUCAUGCUCAUCACCGCCACCCUGGGCGUUGUCAUGGCCUCCAACGGUACCCACAACAGCAUGAGCAUCUACGCCUGGCUGCUAUGGUGGCGGGUGGUUGUCGGGAUCGGUGUGGGCGCUGACUAUCCGCUCAGUGCGGUCAUUACAUCUGAAUUUGCUCCUACCAAACACCGCGGCCGGAUGAUGGCUACCGUCUUCUUCAUGCAGCCCCUCGGGCAGAUCGCUGGGAACCUGGUCUCGCUGGUCGUGAUCGCCUGCUCGCGGAGUCAAGGGGAAGAUGACCUGGUGCGGACGGUCGACAUGAUGUGGCGGUGGGUGAUUGGCAUCGGGGUUGUGCCUGGCGUGAUCGCGACGUUUUUCCGCUUCAUCAUCCCGGAGUCCCCGCGCUACCUGCUCGACAUCGAGGACGACCCGAUCAAGGCCGAGUUCGAUGCGACGACCCUGUUCAACGACCCCGUCACCCCGUCCGCCUCCGACAUGAUGGACGGGUGGAACAAUAUCCCGCUGCCCGCCCUGUCGCUGUCCGGCGUGCGCUCGCUCGACGAGGACACGGUCACCUGCUCGCCCGUCGACUACGCUACGCAGCCCGCGACGCUUAAUUCGCACUGGCCGCUGCUCAAGGCCGAUCUCAUCCGCUACUUCUGGACCGAGGGCAACUGGCGCAUCCUGGCCGCCACCUCCUUCUGCUGGCUGCUGCUCGACUUUGGCUACUACGGCAUCUCCUUCUCCAGCCCGCAAUUUCUAGCCAAGACCUGGGGGUCACUGCAUCUGUCCGGCCCGGCCCCCUCCUGGGAGACGGACGACCGCGCCAACGCCAACGUCUACCUCAUGUUCAUGAACACCUCCAUCCACGCCCUGGUCAUCCUCAACGCGGGGAGUUUCGUCGGCGGCAUGCUCUUCAUCAUGCUCGCCCACAAGGUCGACCGCGUCUCGCUGCAAAAGUACGGCUUUCUCAUGCUGGCCGCCCUCUUCAUCGCCAUGGGCGUCAUGUUCAUCACCGUCCACACCGAGGGCGCCCCCGCCGUCGUCCUCUACAUCCUCGGCGAGCUGCUCUUCAACCUCGGCCCAAACGCAACCACCUACAUCAUCCCCGCCGAGAUCUUUCCCACCCGCUACCGCGCCACCUGCCACGGCCUGUCCGCCGCCUCGGGCAAACUGGGCUCCAUCCUCGUCCAGCUCUUCAGCACCUACUACAAAUUCUCCGGCGAAGGCAACGCCCAGACCAUCCGCUACGGUUGGGUCAUGAUCGUCUUUGCCGCUUGCAUGAUCCUCGGCGCUGCCGUCACCCACGUCUGGAUCCCCCCCGUCCAGCGUCGACAGUCGGGCAUCGCCCGCUUCUGGGGCGGCAAACCUGAAACCCUCGAGACCCUGGCUCUCGGCCGUCUCGGUGCUGGCAGCCGCUACGCUGUCCGUAACCAGGCUUCCUCUAGGGGUGUCAGGACGUGGGUUACCGUCGGAGAGUAAUCUUCUUUCUUUACCACUUCUUCUUUUAUCACAUCUUUUAUCACUUCUUCUUCUUUCUCUAUAUAUCCAUUUUCUUAUAUCCAUUUUCUUAUCACUUCUUCUUU